GAUGAAACACUGUUUGCCUCUCCAAAGAAAGUAAGGCCUGGUGAAGAGGAUGCUUUUGCUGCUGCUUUAUCAGAGAGAUCUCGAAGGCGAAGCAGUCCAGGUGGCAAAAAAUCACCAGCUAAAUCUGAAGAGCCAGAAAUGAUUCAAGUUAUUACAAAGGACCUGAUAAGAAGACUCAGGUUAGUUUCAGUUUUAGUUAGUUGUGUGAUUUAUAUCUGAGCCUUUAAAUAACUUAUUCAAAUUCAUACUACUCUAUCUUGACAAAUAAUUUAUGAGUUAAUGAACAAUUGAAGUAAAUUAUUAACCUUUCUUGAUAUUUUGUACAGGGUUCCUCAAGAAGAUCCCUCUGGAAGAAGUAUUAUAUUAGAAGUUGGAGAGUUUAGAAGAAUUAAGGUGACUUUGUCGUAUUGAUAUACACAAAACAUAAAACCUUGUUAAAUUGUAUGUCAUGCCUAGUUACACAGUUAGUAUACUAGAUAAUUCUGUUGCCAAGAUCACUGGCACAAAUUAAACUGACCAAAUUGAUUUCAACUAAGUUCUUUGUAGUUAGUUAGUGCAGGGCUGGAAAGUAGUGAGGAUGUCCAAGUUCUGAUUGAUACUCUAUGUUUUUUUUUCUUGUAGUCAAAUUGGUCAAAUUUGGCCAAGUUAUUCUAAUACCAUAAGUCUCACUGUAAUAGAUUUUUGAAAAUACAAAAUUAUACCUUUAAAUGGUUUAUGUGUCUGUGCAUGCAGACAAAUAAACUUCUUGUUUAGAAUCUUUGAGGGCAAGUGCUUUAGGGUACUAGAUUGUAAAUCUGGACCCGGGUGUUCAAGGCUGAUUAAUACAUUUGCAGGUGUUAAAUUUUAAUCCAGUUCUCUUUAGUUCUUUGUUCAAAAAGCCUUUUUUUGGGAUAAGUUUACCUUUUCUUUUGAGAUGAUCCAAUAAUAAGAUUGUAGACAAAACUAAUUAUACUGAAUUUUCUUUAAAAGUUUUCAGAUCUGAAAUGAGAUUUCACACCAACCCUAGGUUAUCUUAAGCCAGCUUUGAAGAACCUGGCCUUAGAGCUCCCAGGUUCAAACCCUCUUUUCUGUCUCUCAACUAGAUUUGUUACUUAGCAGUCAGGAAUUCACUUCUUCCACCGCACUUUGUAGAUAGCCAUAAAUUUGCUUUUACCUUCCACAAGUUGGGAUUUUAAUAUGAACAGAGGUACUGAAUAAAUCAAUCUUAAAAUAAUAUUUUUUGUAAUUUUUUGCCGCAAUUGCAGUCUGCAUCUCAUGUUCCAACACAAGCAGAAAAGGAAGCUGCCAUGGAGGAAAUGAAAACAAGAAAAGAAGCUCUUCAAAAUGCAUCAGAAGAACGAAAGAACUUUAUGCAGACCAUGGAGCUAAAACGGAAGGAGAAUGCCAAACCAUCAGACCUUGAACAGGUAAAGUGACUGUUAUUUAUAGAAUGAAAACCUUUUAGUAAUUUAGUGAGGCAGUUUGUUGGUCAUGCAAGUUCACCCCUUCAUAAACUGUAGACCUAUUUAUUUUCCCUUUCUAUACACGUGAAAUAGCUUUGUUAACACUUGGAAAAAAAAAACAGUAGAAUUUACUUUAAGAAGUGACUUAUUGGUAAGAGGGCUUUUUUAUAUGGGCAUGAAAAAAUCAUCAGCUAGCCCCUCACCCUCCCCCUCCAUCCCCCUUUAAUGACAGAGGUCUUUAGUGGCUAAAUUUUUGUGUUUCUGUUUUAUAUGAUGUUUCAGGAGAAGAUGAUACAGAGUGGAACUUUACUAGAUAAAGCUAAUGAACUAAUGGAGGAACAAGAUGAUGAAAUUAAGAAGUUGAAUGAGGUAUGUUUGAUUAAUCCAGGUAUCAUAAUGAAAUGUCUUAUUGAGCAAGCCUAAGGUCAAGAUGGAUGGAGAACAAUAUUGAAGGUCCAUAAGCAUACCAACAUAGAAAAAUGAGCUCAGUAUCCAGGCACCUUGAGCAAACAAAUAGUUGGUAAGGGACAUAAUCCAUGGUGAAAAUAUUUUGCCCCAGAACUACUUUUUAUUGGAAACAAAGAGGGCUAUCGUGAGGGGGCAAGGCAGGCCGAACUUGCCUGCCCAACUAGCCAAUCAGAUCACAGGAUUUGCCUUGUCUUGCCUUAAUUUUCUGAGCAAGCAUUAUUUUUGAAGUCUUCUAUGAUGUAAGUUCUGUACUGUGUGAUUUUACACUUGACUCAUUAUCUCUGAGACAUCAAUAAAAAAUAACUCAACUGGCAACCAGUAGCAAGGUUAUCAAUAUUUUUUUUAGUCUUAGCCCACUGGUGAAGCAGAGCGACCAAUCAAUCUAACCCUUAAAUUUAAAUUUUUACAACAGCUCAUCUUGAAUGCUAAAUGCCAUGCAAUCCGUGAUGCCCAACUCAUUGAAAAGGUUGACAUCAAGAAAGAACAGCUUGAAGAAGAGAAACGCCUUGAUGAAAUGAUGGAGGUGGAAAGACGUAAAGCACUCAAAGAGUACGAGGAGAGGGAGAAGGCUGCUCAUUUUGAAAGACUGAAGGGUGCACAAGUGUUGCAACAUCAGAUUACAGACAGAGAACAGAUAAGGCUGUUGGAUGAGGAGAAAAAGGAUCAGGAAACUAAGGUUAUUAUAAAUAUUUUUUACCAUCAGUUAUUCAGGCUCCUUGGAGGCAGUUUGAGGUCAACUUUUAUUUGAGAAUUUAUGAAAGUAAACAAAAUAUGUCCUAAAAUUCUGCCUGUUUUAAAUAUUUUAAAGAAAUGUGAAUUCUUUUACAUUAAUUUUGUUUCUUUCAAUUUUUUUUCAUUUCUGAAGCAAUGUUAAAGCUGCUUUUGCGAGUUUAUCAAUCAAAAUAUGUUUUAAACAUCCAUACCUUUUGUUUUUGAAUUGACUAAAUUCAAGUUCACGUGGUUCCCAUGGAGCCUGGUCACCUGCACAUAUCCUUAAAGCUGUUGGAAAGGUGUUCUUGUUUCCCUAAUAAAAUACUCUACACAGCGAAACAGUGUAAAAGUAUCUUCUAUUUUGUUCCACUGUAUGGUUUUUCUUAUUUUAAGAUUAAUGCCUGUUUUCCUUCUCCUGUUGUUUCUUUUGUUUAUGUAGCCAACCAUGUAAGAAAUUCAGUCUGAUAUAUGUUUAAAAAAAAUGUUUCUCUUUCAGGCUAUGUUGCAAUAUUUGGAUAAACUACAAGCAGAAGAUUUGGAGAACCUGAUAAAAAAGAAAGAAAUUCAACGAGCGUUGAUGAAAGAAGUAGCCAAAGCAAAUGAGGUAACGGAACCUCAUCCAUUGGGAUACACCUCUCAUCCACCCCCAGGGGGCUCAGAUAGGAUUUUUUUUAGUAGACGGGGGACUGAAACUAGCAUCUAAACCCUUUCAUUCCAUUAAUCAUUCUUCUUACUGUUGGACAUACAAUUUUUAUGAUGUUAGUUCUGAGAAUUUGGUAUUGGAUGAGCUGAAAAUCCCCCUAGUUGAUAUUUUUCUUUAUUCAUGUCUGCUUGAUGUUGCACUUCAAUUGUGUAAAGAAAUUCUGACAUGAUCACUCUUGGCAGUGAAAGGGUGAAUGGCACGUGGAUGCAGACAAGGGUUUUUUUUUUCCAUCACAAAAUAUCACGUUUUCUUAAGAAAAGGAGGAAGGUUGCGCACAUUCAUGGAAUCCCACUUAACUGCACCCGUGAAACUUUGGCGUCCACCGACUUCUUCAGUGUACUUCGAAUAACUUUAAGGUAAAGUUUAAUCAGUUCGAAAAACGCAACUGAUAGAAUUUUUUUAUUCAGGAAAUCGCUCAGCAGAAGGACCGCAAGGCGGCGCAAGACAAGCUCGAGGAAAUUAAAGUCAUGGAAUAUCUGAAACAGAAAGCGGUUAGUGAACAAACUCGGUCACAUGAUAUUUUUGUUGACAUUUUUACUUUCCUCGCGUUUUUCUCAAAUUCACAUUUUUGCUUUUUAUGCAGGAAAGAGAGGAGGCCUAUCAGCGUGAAUUAGAAAUGGCUAGAGUUGAAAAAGAGAAAGAAAUUGCUCGUCUACGUGCACAGCAGGAGAGAGCCAAAGACAAACAAGCUGAGAAGGUAUUGUUUCAAGAUAGCCUUACUUUGUUGUUGUUUCGAGUUGCCCUAUAAGUGUUGUAUAGUGGAGCUUAAAGUACCGCAGCAUUACACGCGCUUGACGCGCGUGCAAUUCCCGUGCACUUAACGCGCAAAACACGCACACUGCGCGUCACUACACUCACCUGUGUGAAAUAAAGUAUGCACGUUCAUGUAAAUCAGUUAAUUAGAACUCAUGUAUUUGGCGGUGUUUUACCUGCAGUCGCAAACAAGUUUGAGGUUUUGCUACGCUUUCAAAUGUCAAACCUGUCUUAAAUAAAAGAAACAUCUACUUUUGUAGGAUGCUCUUAGAGCCAAGCGAAAUCAGGAAGAAGCAGAACGGGAAUGGAGAAGAAAAGAAAAAGAAGAAGCUGAGAAAAAGUGAGUGAAGAGAACUAGCCAUUUGUUUGUCAUAAAUAAUCCGGGAUUUCCCCAAUUUAGCUGUAAUUCCCCCUCUGGACCUCAGUGAUUGGUCUUGGAAAAUUACGCCACCUUCUUUUAACCAAUCAGAUGCAAAACGGAAAACCAAUCACGACUUGAUCAAUUUUCUGUGGCUGAUCCUGGUCAGGGUACUGGGGGGCCGUACUUCCUGCCCUUUAUGCAACUGGGCCCUAGCGUUUAACAAAUCUGUGUUGUUGCUGUUAUCUUUAAAUCAAAGUUUGGACCACCCGUAAUAUCAAAAACUCCUUGAUCUGCCACUGCUUGUGUUUUACUUACCGCGCAUGAGACAGCUUUCUUUUGACUCAGAUCGAGAUCUCGUCAGCUCCCUGGUUUGUUUUCCUUCGUUCUGAUUAGCUUCUGUAAUCUGUUUAGUUUGGGCCUCAUGACGCUCAGUCGUUUGCAGAUCAGAAUCUGAAAUUUUCUUGUUUCUCGUUACAUUUUCUACAACUUUUUCACGCUAUAUUUUAUUUAUUUACAGAAAGCAAACUGAGGAAAUGUUACGUGCCGCUCGUGAAGUGCAAGUGAGGAAUAAAGAACAUUUCUUAGCCGUGCAAGCUGCCAGAGACAGGGCUGAGUUCGAGAGGGUGUUAAAGUAAGUCAUAUUCACUUUUAGUUCUUUAGUUCAAGUAUUCCUCGUUCUUCGAAGCCGGUGGCGGGUUUCGUUCAAUUUUCUCGCCUCUAGUGUUGGUUUACGUCAAUUAAGUUGAAACGAGUUUGCGAGCCUGCGCGAAAUUUUUUUCCUAAAGUACAGUGGUGGUCUCAUCCUUGCAGUUUCCCUGUAAUUAAAACGUAACUAUCAAUAUCUGUAGGGUGCAAGAGGAACAACUGCUAAAAGACGAAGAAGCUGAAAAAGUAGAUGCAGUCCGCCGCCAUCAGCAUGCGGAAGAAGUGCGUCAACAGGUCCGCGAGAAGGAGAAAGAUCGCAUCAAGGCCAGGAACGCUUUCUUUGAGGAAGGAAUCAAAUUGGACCAUGAAGCUCGAGCAAGGUAGGUUUAUAUUAAUUCAAGACCAUUCGAAAUAAUUUUCUCGAGAAUAAGACUAAGCGGCAGUUAACGUGUUUUAAUACCGCAAGAUGUUAAACCAAUCAGACUGAGACUGACAAUAUUUUGACCAAAUAAAAAACACGGAAUUUUGGGAAGCGAUUUCUUUCCUUGUUAAUUAGAUGGGUCUUAACCACUUUUUGAAAACAAUGGCACGAAGCCUGCUCAAUUUUUCGCCAUGGUUACUAACGUCUUAUGGAUAUAUUUCCAGGCGGCAGAAGUUGGACGAAAUAAAAAGAAGAAAGUUGCAGGAGCUGAAAGAUGCUGGUGUGCCGGACAAGUAUUGCAACGAGGUCGCGCGCAGGAUCGAGGCUCCACCUCCUUCGCUAUCCCGGAUGUACUAAGCCUGCGACUGCACUUUUUCCCUUAAAAACUUUAUUUUUUGUCUCUUGAAUUUAAAGAAAAUUAAACGAUGGUCUCGACAUUAACAUUAUAAAUGCAGAGGCUUUCUCGUUUUGAGGUUUAAAUUGAGAUUGUGGAUAUUAGUCUGAUCGGGAAAUGUCUUUUGUCACAGCGAAUAAAUUUCUUCUUGAUCAUUUUGUUCUUACAGUGUAAAUAUAUUCAUUACAUUUUACCAUGUGUAUAAAGAUUAUUCUAUCAAACAAUUAAAAUA